CUGGGAGGGAGCAUCAGCCUGUGCCUUCGAAAGCAAAGAGAUAUCUCCAGUCACCACCAUGGGUCAUAAUUUGGCCCGCAGGCUCUGUGCCUAUAGGAACAUGCCGCGGCUUUGCUUACCGCCGUCCGGGCCCAGGCCUGCCUUCAGGCUCAACCCAUUCCUGUUCCUGGUCCGCGAGCAGCACGGCUCGGCUCACCCUCCGCUUGCUCAGCACCCGCAACUUUUCGCCGGACUUGGUGACAAGAUCUUCGAGACAUCGAGAGAGGACCUGGAACCUUCGACUACCCGUGUCUCCCAGGACUCGGGAUUCAAGGUCGUCAGCACCUUCAAUGCCAUACCAGGAACAGCAUCUCCGGUUGCCGUGCCAGGAUCCCCCCCGUCCUGGAAGGCCCCCAAACUCCCAUGGCGCCUCCCAGAAACGGCCCGUGAAGCAUCUCUGUCUGAAGUCCCGCUUUCAGACCAAAAAAGCAUGCUUGAUCUCUCUUUAAAAAUUAAGCAUUCUGAUUUUGAGUACGAUGGAGUCGAUGUUGUCACCCGCGCUUCACUUCUUGUGAAGCUUCUCAUGUUCUGCCGGAGAAAAAACGGCCUGGGACUUCGUCGAUUUUCCCUACGCAUGACCCAAGACACCCUCCUUAUCGCCGACGACCCAUCUGUCAUGUCCACCCGGGUUGGUCCAACGGGGGCUUUACGCUCCGUCGUCACUAAGCAUUGUGCCGAACCAGCACCGGGCCUCGAACAUAGCACCCACUACCGCAGCGUCCAGUAUCAACUCGGCCAGGUUAACUGCGUCGUCCAGUCUGAGGUUGGUGUUCUGCGCAGUGCCCCGCCUAGCGAGCUUCCACGUCGUCGCCGUCACCAGACACAGUCAUCUCAGCAGUUAGCCGUGAAUCCGGUCUCCGGAGAACCUGCCUUGAUACAGAUAUACCACAAGAUGGAGCACCAGCGCACAGAAUUCAGGGGGCCUCUAAAGCCACUUCACUGGUUCAGUCGAAUUCCAGUCGCCUUGAUACCUCGGUUUGCCGGCAAUGGGGAAACCAUCACUGAAUUUUCCAAAUACAACGUUACAGAAGCAGCGGGGCGAUGGGAGAAAGAAGAAAUGACCCAGGUUUGGCUGCGGAAGCUAGCCACGUUACUGUCCGAGCUGAAGAAAGCCGUUAAGGCCGCCGCCCCCGACGGGCAAGAGUGCAUUGGCAUCUUAGACCGACAAGAAGCUGUGCCCACAAUACAGCUGUAUCUUGCUGAGGGCGAGUCCAAGAGGGCUCCCGAGGACAUUGGUAGCAAACCCGAGCUCGGGGAGACAAGUCGCGGGCAGGAGGAGGCUCUGGGCGGAGGCGGCCCGGGUCCAACCACCCCAGCAUAAGCAUCACCAGACAGGACAGGAGAAGAAUCAUCAUGAGAGGGGGCGCGGCGAGAGGACAGGUGUGCAAGGGAGCAGAGCUGGCAAGAUGAUGAAUGCCGGCCGAGGCACCGACCAUGACCGCAAUUCGGGGUCUCUUGUCACUAUUUUUGCAAGCCCCGAUUUACAGUCACGCACAGUAUACCCAGCCACAGGCGGCACCACACAGACUGACGGGGAGCAUCACCUCGCCGAAUAAAGCCCCCACCGGGCAAUUCCUGGUAAAUCCGAUGACACGUACGGUGUCGCACUGGCUGCUCUUUUUCUAUUUUCCGGCCUGGAAGUCUUGUUGGUGUUGCUUGCAAGCCAGCCACUCUAGUUGAUGCGCGUGGAUUGGGGCAAAAGCUGUCGGCGGCGACAUCAGGGACGUAAAGGCCCGGGGCGCUCACGGACCAAGCUUGGCUGUGGUGUUGUUCGUGGGCGAUGGCCUGCGAUGGAUGCUAACGCCAUGUGCGAUAUCACCAGAUCCUGGAUCGGAUGAGAUGAGCCCUCUCGCCUUCCGGCGGACUCCUUGAGGGUGUCAUCAACUGCCAAUCCGCGUUCACCGCUGAGGGAAGAGAGGAUGGAUGGGUUGCUGUAAGUGUCAGGCUUUUUGUGGUGGCAGGCCGACGGAUCUGGUCUUUUUUUUUUUGACCACGAGCGUGAGAGCGAUGCAAGCAAUGGGUGGGUUACGGCCAGGCUAAGAAAAAGCUUCUUUCACCUUACCUCCGGCAGUGGUGAUGCUCCCACGGGCCGCGGGAGGGUGGCGCCGAGGCCUGUGGGCUGGCUACGACGGUGCGGUUAGGAGGGCCGGGCACUGAUGACACCCUUGACACCCUUGACACCCAGAAGGGAGCAUCGAGUGCCAAUGUGGCAAUAAGGGCACAAGGGCCACGCCUUGGCCAUGUUGUCCUGUUACAGAACGGUCGUAAAAUGCACUUUGGAGGACACACGUGGAACCCAGCAGCUCGCCCCCCUGGUAAGUUUAAGAGUCGCGGGCUCGGCCGAUCUGCCCCUGCCAGUCAGUGGUGGUUGCUCGUGUCUGUGCUGGCCCCGAACGCCUGCUAGACCCGGACUUCAACUUGAAAGACUCGGAUAAUAAGCAGCAGACGCGAGAGCGAGCACGGCCUGGAGCGCGAAUGCAGCCAGGGUCCAGAUUUAAAUUAGAUUUUAGGUGGUAUUACCUGGGUGGGCUGGUCGAGCGAACUGGUACGAAGCACAGUCAGGCACCGCACAGGAGCUAGCGGGAUCGGUAGCGGCGUUCUAAACACUGACGGGGCUAAUAUAGCGUGUCGUGUCGAUGGGCGUUGGAGGGGAUAGUGGCCUGGCUAUGUAUCCUUCCAUGGCGUCUUGCAGCCCCCUUUUUUCCCACAACACAACCUGUAGGUGUUUGUUUAUCAUCGUGUUCCUCUUUCCAA